AUGUGUGUCUCUCCAAUGCAAAGUGCGCCGAGACAAGACCUCGGCAGUGGAACGUCUUCCGUUCCUGGUAAUGACGAGACUAUCCCACAUGAGCUCGACUCGGAGUUUACAGUAUGGUGGAAUUUACCGGAACACAAAGAUCCAGAGAACCCAAUGAACUGGCCAGCACAGAAGAAAUGGGUUAACAUCAUUACUAUUUCCAUAACUAGUUUUCUUGUGCCGCUCGUGUCCUCCAUGCUUGCACCGGCUGUGCAGCUUGUGAUGAAAGACUUCAGAACCACUUCUACAUCAUUCGCGACUUUUGUAAUCUCAAUUUUCGUACUCGGGUUUGCUUGCGGGCCGUUAGUACUCGCGCCAAUGAGUGAGCUUUAUGGCCGUGUGCUUAUUUACAACAUAACCAACGCGCUAUUCUUGUGCUUCACUAUCCUGUGCGCUCUAUCACUAAACGAGACAAUGCUUCUGGUAUUCCGCUUUUUUUCAGGGUUCGUAGGGGUCGCCACAAUAUCCAUUGGCUCGGGCAGCAUUGCAGAUAUGAUGCCGCGUGAGAAAAGAGGUCUAGCUGUGUCAAUAUGGUCUAUAGGUACGAUUCUAGGCCCAAUGGUUGGCCCGAUCAUCGGCGGCUACGUAACAGAAGUCGCUGGCUGGAGGUGGAUGUUCUGGGUCAUUGCAAUUGCUGUCGGGAUUGUCGCGAUCUUCACGUUUGUUGUCUUGAAGGAAACCAAUCACGUGGUGUUGUUGGAGAGAAAGGCAGCUAAGUUGAGGAUCCAGACGGGAAAUCCCACAUACAAAUCCAAACUCGCACCAGACAUUACUUCUCUGGAGCUAUUCAAACGAAGUAUCAUGCGACCUUCGAAACUGCUGAUUUGCUGUCCGGUUGUCACUAUCAUGUGCACCUACGUCGCCAUUCUAUACGGAAUACUAUAUCUCCUCUUCUCAACAUAUUCCUUUGUAUUCAAAGAAGUAUACGGAUUCUCCACCUUCGCUACUGGCCUAGUCUUUCUUGCCGGUGGCGCUGGUACAUUGUUGGGGCUUUUUUAUGUUGCGAAUUUCAGCGACCGAGCCCUGAAGAAGCGUGCAGCGGCGGGGCAGGCGACUACACCAGAAGAUCGACUCUCUCGCAUCAUCAUCUUGCCUGGUACCUUGACAUUUCCAAUAGGCCUGUUUGUAUACGGAUGGGGUAUUGAUGCGCAAGCUCACUGGAUUGUUCCUCAAAUCGGCACGGCUGUUACGGGAUUUGGCUCGAUUUUGGUAUUCAUCAGCAUCCAGACUUACCUGAUCGACGCUUUUGAAGGAUACGCCGCCAGUGUGAUUGGCGCCAACACGGUGCUAAGAGGUGUCGCCGGAGCUCUGAUACCGCUAGGCGGGUUGAACCUGUACAAGGCGCUUGGAUGGGGAUGGGGAAACAGUCUACUGGGCUUUGUAGCACUGGCCUUUGCACCAAUACCCCUAAUAUUUGGGUCCUACGGCGCUAAGAUUCGUAAUUUACAGCACAGCCGGCUAGAAUUGUGA